AUGUCGAUCCAGAGAAUCCUUCAUAUCUGCCUGGCGUUCAUCUUCUAUGAGAGAGCCGCUGGAUUCCAGAUGCUGAGUUGUGUGGGAAAGCCCAGUGCUUCUGGUUGCCGGCAAUCGGCCAUUGUACACAUGAAUCUUCGGAGCACUCGUUCGAAGCUCUCCACAUGCUCCUCUUUUGAGAGAGCAACAAAUGCUGUGAAGAAUGUUAGACGGCGACUGGGGAUCCAGACGGCCGACCCGAUCAUGGUGGCAACGAAUGAGUUCCACAAUGUGUCAGAGAAGGCGAUGGCGGAGCUGGAGAAGUACAAGAACAUUUUCCCCAUCCUCGCCGCAGCCAUUGCCGCCAUGGGGCCGCUGCUGUUCGGGUAUGCCCUGGGGUACACGAGCCCGUGCCUAGACUCUUUGGCAAGCGAGAAUGCUCUCUCCUCGCUCCAGAGUUCGACCUUUGCCUCCAUCAUCAACAUCGGGGCUGUGAUCGCCGGCCUUGUCAGCAGCAGGAGGAUAGAGACGCUGGGGAGAAAGCCCGUGGUGCUGAUAGCUUCCCUCCUCUUCUUCCUGGGGUUUACCGGCGUCUUCCUGGGAGGAAGCUACCCCAUGCUCCUCCUCGGCAGGCUAGUCACUGGCUUCGCAGCAGGAGUGGCAACAGUAGCCACUCCCAUGUACAUCGCCGAAAUCUCUCCGAGGAGGCUGCGGGGAUUUCUGGGCUCCUUCUACCAGCUCUCCUGCACCCUUGGCAUCCUCCUCAGCUACUCGCUGGGGCUGGCGGUGGGAUGGAGGGAGAUGGCUCUGGUCGGGUCGAUGUGCUCCCUCAUGUUCGCCGGGCUGUCGUUGCUCUUCCUCCCUGAGAGCCCGGGGUGGCUGGAGAGGAAAGGGUUCUCGAAGCGCGCGAAUGCGUAUGCUGGAAAGUUGGGGAUGCAGGACGAGCUGUCAGUCUCAGAGGAGGAGGAAGAGUUUGUUGACUCUCCGAGGAGGAGCCGGAGAUCGUCGCUCCUUUCGCGAUGGCGAUAUGAGCUGGAUAGCAUUCCUACCAACGUCCAGCGAUCGCUGAUCUUGGCGGCGGGGAUGAUUCUCCUCCAGCAGCUGUGCGGCAUCAACACGGUGAUCUUCUUCUCAGGGCAGAUCCUCUCGAGCGCUGGCAUGGCGAGCAUGGCAAACCUCGUCUCGUUUGCUGUGGCUCUGACACAGGUCAUCGUCACUGCCUUCUCGGCCACGAGCGUGGACAGCAUGGGGAGGAAGAAGCUUCUAGUAGGCACGAGCCUCCCAUUCCUCCCUCCACGCGCGCGUUCUUGCUCUUGCUCCAUCUGGCUCUAUCUGAUUUCUCUUCUUUCUUCUCAUCUCCCUCGCCUGACAGCUACCAGGCUCAUUGCACGCGCAGCUUCGAGCAUGGCGAGCAUGGGGCUGUUGAUCUACAUUGCCUCCUUCUCCUUUGGUUGGGGCCCCUACAGGAGCCUGGCCUCUGCCAUGUCGUCGGUGCUCGCUUGGGGAGGCUCGUUCUGCAUGACACAGUUCUUUGGCACGCUCAUGUCAUCGCUCGGGCAGCAGAUGAUCUUUACUGGCUUCACUGUAGCUUGCGCCUUCUCGGUGUUGUGGGUGUUGGCUCCGAGCACGCAGUUCGUCGAGACCAUGUGA